ACGUUGUCAUCUAAAGGAUUAAAAUUGAAAAAGACAUAGCGAGCAGGAAGCCUUGCUUUCAUAAACCCAUUAUGAAACAUGAGAACGUAAAAAAAAGAGAGGAAGAGAGAGGUGUGGGCUUGAGAAGGCGGGGAAGAAGUUAAUGAAAAAGACAAGGAGGGGGACAGAGAGAGUUCCUGUGAGACACCAGUUGUUUAAUCAUUGUGCUUGUCAAGAAUGUGCUAAAUUCACUUUCUGCCUGCACCUUCAUUCUGAUGGUGGAUUGAUUAACUUAUGAACUUUUCUGUCCUUCUGGUUCAACUCCGCACAGCAAAACAUCACCUGGAUCUGCUCAAAUGCAUCUAACUGAGGAUUGUAGACUUCUCCUGCUGGAUCGGUGAGCCAGAUGAACAACCCUACACCCUUUCACUUCUACAGAACCAAGGGGAAGAAUGUGUGUGUUCUCAUGCUACUGUGUGUUCCCCUCUGCAUGAUGGAAAUCCCUGGUCCUUGCAAACAUGCCAUAACCAUAGACCACCUGCUUCAACUGAAACAACUGAUGAGCAACCAGUUGCGGACUGGCUGUUCAAUCACAUAUACAUUCAUAGAGAGAAAACACCUGAGCGUGGUGUGUUAUGUCAAAGCUGCUCUGCCAAGGGUGCUUGAACUGUUUAACAUCCACUUCAGAUAUGUGCGGGGCUCAGGAAGUUCUCAAGCAGUGGUCUCCAUACAGAACCUCAUUCUCAACAUCUACUCCCAACACUGCAUACCUUCACUGGACGAGCAUCUGGAGGAGGAUCCUGUAGCAUUCGAGAGGCAAUACAAUGAGUCUCCUGUCCAGGCACUUCAAAGGGUGGAGGAAGUUUUGUCCCUUUACUUGCACCUCAUUACAACCACAAACACUCCUGUUAACUGGACCUGCGAGCAAGAGUAUAGCAGCAAUCCACCCCCUACUGAAACACAGCUAACCACCAGCACAGAGGUUGCGGUGGGAUUAUUUGGGCAAGAUCCUCAGGAGUCCUUCAGCGAUGAUUUUUACAGGCUGGGCUUCAUUGUGGUCUCCACAUGUGGAGGAUUUCUUAUCUUACUCACUGCCUACUGCCUACUAGAGAGAAAGAAGCUGAAGCGUCAGCUUUACAGAGCCAGAAUUUCAUCAGACUGGGGAUUACAAGUUGUCGAAAACUUUGAAAUCCAAGAGGAAGUAUAUGAAUGACCGACAGACACAUCUUGGCUCACACCUCUCCACUGCCUUUUAACUGAUUUCCUCUUUCUGGAUGCUCACGAAAGAGUAUAAACAGUGAAAUAGACUUUCUAAAGCUUCAGGAAGACCACAACCAUGAUCAGAGGAAGCAAACUGAAGAGAUAUGUCUGAUCUGUCAAGAUAACGCAUAUGCUUUGGACCUUGUACACAUGCAAAUGGGCAUAUUACUACAAACAUAUUUUUCUGGACUACUGGAAAAGUCAAAGUAUUGCAUGUUCAGUAUAAUGCUACAGUUACAUCAAUCCACAACACCUACUGUCUGAGCUAGAGGAAGAUCAUUCAAUCCUAGUUGGUUUCAUUUGUCAGUCUACUACAUUGAUGUUAUUUUUCGUAUGUGAACAGUAUCUUACAGUAAAAAUUGGUGAUACAGAACUGUUUCUUAAUUAUUUUCAGUUUCCAGAAUGUAGUAAAUACAUAUUUUAUUAUAAUAUAUAUUAAUUGAGAUUGAGCUAAAAUGGUCAAAAACAUUUAUUGGGCAAAGUACUGCAUGUAAAAAAUGAAAUAAAAAAUUGCUCACACAAAAA